AUGCCCUCGGUCCUCCCCUCCGACACCUCCACCACCAAUUCCAAGUCUCCACCAGAACCAGCUUCCGCAGUCGACAUCAUCAUCACGCUAGCCAUCAACCCCGAAAACAAAGAACAAGUGGAAGCCAACCUCCUCAAGGCGGGCGAGUGGAUUGAGAAGAAUGAACCGGGGUGUCUUCAGUGGGAGGUGUUUUAUCUGGAAGCAACCGGCGAGAUGGUCUUGGUUGAGAGGUUCAACGACCUCCCCACAGCCCGCAAAUACCACCCCGAAAACAGAAAGAAAGACGGCAUGAUUGACGGGGGACUGAAAUGGGCGAAUGAGAUUGUCGAAAAGGGCUGGCUGAGUCAGGAGCCCGACAUCAAGGUUUUGAGUCGGAGGGGCGGGUUUGGGUUGAGGAAGUGGCAAUGA